AAAGAUGUUAAAGGAGCAGAGAAAUGGCUAAGAAGUGUUUAUAUGCUUUCUGCAGAGGCAGGACCGGCGACUAGUCAUGCGACCAACGAGCAAAGAAUGGCUGCGUUUGCUCGAUGACAAUAGAAGCCCAAGCAAAUUCAGGAAGUACCUGGCAAUUCCAUUUGUGUGGUAAAUUUCAGGACUUGAGAUCACGAUGGACACUCGUCCCACCUGAUGUAUUAAUACAGUGGAAGAGUUAUUCAAGGAUGAGAAGUAGUACUGACGUUGGGGUUGCAUUUAUUGGGACCUCGGCUGUAAAUCGAUGGAAACGAAACAGUGGCCAGAGAUGGAUUGCGUCAAAAUCGAAUCUCGACCAAGAAUUCUCUGGCUUUGGUGCGAUGAGUCCAGAAUCACCCAGCAGGGCGAUCGAAUUGGGAGAUGCGUGGUUCCUGCUCAUCAAUAUUCUUCCUGUCCUCUGCUGUUAUCCUGUAUAUACCUUAUGUACCCGGAAAUUCAGAUGAAACUAUUUCUCUUGCGAAACAGCGCUACGCU